UGUUUAUUUAUAAAAAAAAAUGUAUAGUAUUCAUGAAAGACUGGAAAAAUACUUGAAAUUCGUUUGUCAGAGGUUUUUUUUUAUUUUAUUUUUUUAAGUUGUACCAAAAUUACAAAAGUUGUUUUUGUGUGUGGAAACGGGUCACCUGUUCGUCAUUAGAAAUAUCCCUGCUCUGUUUCUCUCACUUUAAAAUGUCUUGCGCAUGCGUAAGUACUGCCCUAUCCUGGCAGAAGCUUAGCUCAUAAAUAAUUAAGUAGAUUACAGCUACGUAUCAUGAUUGCUUUGAAUAUAAAGAAGACUGCUCACGCUUGGUUAUAUAUUGAAUAUUUAUGUCUUCGUGCUCCCGUUGAUUGAUAAUCUUCCAAUCGCAACUGCAUGGCUCCUGAAUAUUAAAGAGUCAAUCCUUUAUCAUAGUAGGAUUCUUAUCCAGGAAAUGCAUUUCGAUGUGUCGCUGUCAUUGACGCAUAAAUAGCACCGAACAGGACUAACAACUUCUCUACUACCGCAAGAGUAAUUUUCAUAAGUUGAAAAAUGUAUGCGUUUCGGAUCUGAAAAUCAGGUUUUGUGAAGCUCAGUAUGAAUGACACGUGAGAUCCGUUUUCUAUCGAGUAAUUUAGGCGUGAAUGUAAGCUUGUAAAUUGAGAGCGAACUGUCAGAAAUGCGUUCGUCUCUGGAUGUUGAGUACAGCGCGGUGGGAGAGGGCCUCGGGAUGCGGGAGUUCUGGCUCUAUGUGUGGCUGCGCAGACUGGCUGUGGUCGCUGCACACAUCAUGUCUCUCGGCCUGGUCAUUCUCACAUCCAUACUGUCCAGACCUGGAACAAGUCUCUUCUCGUGGCAUCCUGUCUGCAUGUCACUUGGGUUUUGUCUGUGCAUGACACAAGGGAUCCUGCUUUUCUCUGCUGAUGGCAGCCCGUUCUGCUUCAAAUCGCGGAAGUGGAAGGUUCGUCUGCACUGGUUUUUCCAGGCUGUGCUGCUGGUGUGUGGAGCUACAGGAUUCGGCUUCAUGGUGGCCAGCAAGAAUAAAAAGGAGCAUCCGCACUUCACUUCCUGGCACAGCCUGCUGGGAGUCGCAACAAUGGCCUCUACCGUACUGCAGGCGAUCUGUGGCUUCUUUCUCCUCUUCCCCAAACUCAUCAGCACUCACUCGUUUCCUCGGCUGAGACUGUAUCAUGCCACCUGCGGUCUGGUGGCCUACCUGCUGGCCACCAUCACAGUCAUAUCAGCCAUGUUUUCAGACUGGUUUCAGGCAUUGGUAAAAGGCACAAUCUGGUAUAUAUUCCUACUCCUGCCACUUUUUCCUGCCUUGGUGGUGAUGAACCAAAUCACUAGUGCCUUCCUGCCCAAAAAGAAGAUUACUAGCUGAAAACUAAAGCCUCAAAUUAGAGCCUAUUUAGGGAUCUGGACUAUAGUAGGCUUUAGAAACAACACUACUCUAAGAAUGUGAGGAGAUGAAGAACAGCACAAAUUUUGACAUUUUAAAUGAUGUAGGUACACUCACAUAAGAUUCGACUUUGUCUCAAAUUGCACAUUUUAUGUUUACUUGCAGUUUUGUAGAGGUACAAGCAGCUGAAAUAGAGAUGCUUUCCUAUGAAAAAUGGUAAAGGAUAAACAUGCAUCCAGGCCAGUAGGGGUCAGUAUAAAGUCCAAGAGCAAUAUUGUGUUAUAAAUCAAUAAAUCACAGCCAGCAAAAUGUUGCGUCUGAAAUCCGUGCACUGUUCGAGAAGAUACUUGUAGAUUUGAAUUUGAUGUAGGUGCUACCCAUUUGAUGUAUGUUUUUCGAUUUUGGACGCAUCCAAAAUAGCAUACAGGCCUACUUUAAAGUAUGAAACCAUUACAGUAUGUGAGUAGUAUGUCUGAAUCCACAGUUUUCAUAAUACAGUUGGCAAAAAGUACCCAGGUGACCGACUAACUUCCGGCAAGAUUCUGAAUUGUGAAUCUGAUGGACACUUUACUAUCUCAUGAGGCCAUGGGAGAUGAUUUGUGAAUGACAAUGAAGCAAGGCAACAGACUCUGGUAGAUCACAUGAUAAGGAUGUCCGGGUUACAUUCAUACUAUAUAGAACAUACAUCAAAGAGUAUGUAAUUUCAGAUGCAGCCCAAACAGCAUUUUUGUGCACUUGAAGUACACUUUCAGUAAAGAGGAGUGAUCAUAUAGUCUUUCCAAUGAAAUCGAGUGACUACAGACAGUUAGAAAGUGUAUAUAGUGAUUUGAAGGAAGUAAAUUUGCUGAUUAGUGACUACUUCGGACUUAUUCUGAAACCUCAGGUCAUUUCUUUCAGAGUCAAAUUGGGAUUUAUCAGUUGCUCUCGUUUCAAAAGGACUCUACACUGAAAAUAUAGUUGAAUAUUUUCAGUAUUUACAUAAGUUUAGUUAAAAAUGGAAAGAAUAUUUGAUUUUCAUAGUGAGUCUGGUGUACUGAUGCUCACUAUCAAAUGAUUUUGCCCUUCAUGCACAUUUAUGUAUGUUGACUACUGAUCAUGCGUUAAUAUUAUAUAAAUGUGUAAUUCUAUAUUUACAUUUUUACUUAAUACAAGCAACUGUCUUUGCUUUGCGCAGGACAAAUUUUAUGUGAUAACCUGAGAACUGUUUUUUGGUGUUAUGUUACUAUACUAUGUUACCUUGCGGCACUCUGGGAAAUAAACAGAAUGCCGUUUGCAUUGCAAGAAUAUGCUUAUUGUAUUACAGUAAGGUUGGAAAUGUUAUAUAUACAUCAUUGUCAUUGUCUUUUCUUCUUUCAACCCCCUCUGUGUGAGUUUUGCAAUAUUUUAGGAUGUUGUAAUUGAGUUGGUUGCAGUAUAUGAUUGUGUGUCUUCAUUCACAGAACUGACUGUAUGAUACUGACAUGAACAUGACAUAAAAAUUUAAGUUUUGACUUUUAUUUGGUCUGGACUAGUAAUGCAAUGAAAAAUUUGUAAUAACUCCGGUGUGGUCAGGUUUUAAGAUUUUAAAGCUACACUCUUAUGAAUGUAAAAAUCGACUCAGGGUUGUCUUUGAAUUAUUGGCAUAUCAAUUAAAAACUAUAUAUAUAUUUUGAAAUAUUUUACGUUGUAUAAAAAGUAUUUGUGGGUUGGUGUGGUCUUUCAUAUGAACAGUAAAUGAAUGUUUUUACUUGAUGCUUUGUGAAUGUCUGGAAAUAAACAUUGACAUUGAAGCUUA